GAGAUUUCUGCUGGGCCCUAAACGCCCUUUGGAAGGAGAGUGGUCUUGUUCCACCACCUCCAGAGCAGGGAAGAGUUUCUUACUCAGAAGCCUGAAUACAAUGAAUUCUGACUCCAGCUCUGUCUCCAGCAGAGCUUCCUCGCCAGACAUGGAUGAGAUGUAUCUGAGAGACCACCACCACCACCACCACCAUCACCACCACCAAGACAGCCGGCUCAACUCUGUCUCCUCCACCCAGAACGAUCUGGUGCAGAAGAUGUCCGGAGAAGGCCUCACCAGGAACGGCUCCAAGGCCGGAGGGGAAGGCAGCAAGUACAAAAUCAAGAAGCAGCUUUCGGAGCAGGACCUGCAGCAGCUGCGGCUGAAGAUCAACGGUCGGGAGCGUAAGAGGAUGCAUGACCUCAACCUCGCCAUGGACGGACUGCGGGAGGUGAUGCCCUACGCCCACGGACCUUCCGUGAGAAAACUCUCCAAAAUCGCCACCUUACUGCUAGCCAGAAACUAUAUCCUGAUGCUCACCAGCUCCCUGGAGGAGAUGAAGAGGCUGGUCGGGGAAAUCUACGGGGGGCACCACUCGGCCUUUCACUGCGGCACGGUGGGACACUCCACCGGGCACCCUCCCCAUGCCGCCGGCACUGUGCACCAGGUGCAUCCCAUCCUCGGCAGUGCCUUGUCCUCCGCCAACACCUCCUCCUCCCUCUCCGCCUCCCUGCCGGCCAUCGGCACGAUCCGGCCCCCACACUCCCUGCUCAAGACCCCCUCGACACCCCCCGCCCUGCAGCUCGGCAGCGGCUUCCAGCACUGGGCGGGCUUGCCGUGCCCCUGCACCAUCUGCCAGAUGCCUCCCCCGCCCCACCUCUCGGCCCUCACCGCGUCCAACAUGGCCAGGAUCUCGGGGGAGACCAAGGACCUCCUGAAGUGACUCGGCGGGGCUCCCCCGACCGCUGGGGCUGCGCCGAGGCCAGCGCUCCCAUGGACGGAGAGGGGGCUGCUGCCGGCCCCCUCUCGGGCCGCCGACGGACCUGCCCCAGCUGCCUCCCGCCCCACCAACCCCCCUGUAACACAGGAUUAGUGUAGUAAGGACCUUGCAAAGGUAAUGUUAUACCCAGCUCCUCUGGUGAUGUUUUCUUAUUAUACUAACUGGAAAAAAAAAAGUCCCUGUUGUAAAAAGAAUGAUAAUGAUGAUAAUAAUAAUAUUAAUGCCGCUGAUGGUAAUCAAAUGUAAAUGAUUCCUUAAAAUGUAUGUAAAAGGAAAAAAAGAAAGACAUGGUUGUCGUUGUAGUUUUCGCAACUAAGAGAAAAUGAGAUCAGUUUGGGGUUUCCCUCCCUUCUUUUUCCUGGCUUUUCCUUUCUUUCCUUUCGCACGGCGACACCUCCGAAAUUUCCCGCUCCAAACCUGGCUGCGUCAGCGCAGCGGCGGCCCAAGGUAGCCCAGAGAGUGCAUGUAUGCUUCCCACCCCAGCUUGUCACCAGCGGGGACCGGCCACAGGCAGCUUCCCUGGCAACAGGGACUUCCGAGACAAUUCACUGAAGUUUUCGAGUGUGGUUUAUAGUUUGGGGGUUUUGUGCUUGGGUGUUGUUUUGUUUCUUUCUUUCUUUGUU